CCUGAGAGUUCCUGAUGCCGAGCGGGCGAAAUGGUGCUCCUGGAAGUGCCUACUCUUACCCUGACGAUUUGUGUCGCUUGCCUGAUUUUUCUUUGGGUAUGGAGGAACAGUCAGCGCCAGGGAAGCCUCCCUCCUGGUCCAAUGCCUCUUCCCAUCAUCGGGAAUAUGCUGCAACUAGACCCCAAGGACCUCCCUGCAUCCUUCUCCAAGCUGGCUAAGGAAUACGGCCCUGUCUACACCCUGCGCAUUGGCCCGCAGCUCACCGUGGUCUUGCAUGGAUACGAGGCAGUGAAAGAAGCUCUGAUUGAUCAGGGGGACGAGUUCCUCGGUAGAGGAUCAAUGCCAAUCGCUGAACAUACCCUAAGAGGAUAUGGAAUCCUUUUCAGUCAAGGAGAGAGGUGGAAGCACAUGCGGCGCUUCUCCCUCCUGACCCUGAGGAACUUUGGAAUGGGGAAGAGGAGCAUCGAGGAGAGGAUCCAGGAGGAAGCCCGGUGCCUUGUGGAGGAGCUCCGGAAAACAAAGGCCCAGCCCUUUGACCCCUCCUUCAUCUUCUCCUGUGCUCCGUGUAAUGUGAUCUGCUCCGUCCUCUUCAACGAGCGUUUCCAGUACACUGAUGAGAGGUUCCUGUACCUGAUGAAUUUGCUAAAUGAAAAUUUCAGGCGCCUCAACUCUCGAUCGAUCCAGUUGUAUAAUCUCUGGCCAACACUCAUAAAACAUCUUCCUGGAGAGCACAGAGCAUUCUUAAGAAGAACUCAGGACAUGAGAAAUUUUAUCAUGGAGAAAGUCAAGGAGCAUCAAGAGUCCCUCGAUCCGAACCACCCUCGGGACUACAUUGAUUGUUUCUUGAACAAGAUGGAGCAGGAGAAAGACAAUCCGGCAUCUGAAUUUAACUUGAGGAACUUGGCAGCUUGUGGAUCUAAUUUGUUUGUGGGGGGAACAGAGACAACGAGUAGCACCCUGAGAUUCGGGCUCCUGCUGCUAAUGAAACACCCUGCCGUGGAAGCCAAACUGCAUGAAGAAAUUGACCGGGUGAUUGGCCCCAACCAAAGCCCCUGUAUGAUGGACAAGACGAAGCUGCCCUACACGGAGGCCGUGUUGCACGAGAUACAAAGAUUCAUCUCCCUCCUUCCUUGUAAUCUGCCCCACUCUGUGACCAAGGACACGAAAUUCAGAACAUACGUCAUCCCUAAGGGCACGAUUAUAUUUCCGUUACUGUCUUCAGUCUUGUUCGAUGACAAGGGGUUUCCCAAUCCAGAGAAGUUUGACCCAGACCAUUUUUUGGAUAAAAACGGCAACUUCAUGAAAUCAGACUACUUUGUGCCUUUUUCCCUUGGAAAACGAGCUUGUGUGGGAGAGAGCCUGGCACGCAUGGAGCUGUUCCUCUUCCUCACCACCAUCCUGCAGAACUUUUCCUUGAAGCCCCUCAUCGAGCCAAAGGAUCUACCCAUCAAACCUAUCACUAGUGGGAUUAUCAAUUCCCCACCACCUUUCAAGUUAUGCCUCAUUCCUAGAUAAGAGAAGAACUUUUAUCUAUCAAUCAGCUGCAUUGGAAAUCAAUUUGCUUCCCUCUACUGGAAAUUUAUUUCAUGACAAUCUCUUCUUUUCAAUGCCACUUAGGCUAGAAAUCCUAUACACUAAAAAGUUGAUGGACAUUUGUUAAAAUCUACAAAUUCGUUGGCAAAAAUGACUGGAUUUCGUAAAGUGCAAGGUAUACCAUGGCCAUUGAAGCCAGUUCCAAUUCAAUCAGACCAGUCCUAUAGAUGGCCUGGAUCAGGGCAAUCAACAAAUAGUGGAGCCUUUACCAUUUCUUGCUAAGGAGCCCUGGUAGCUAGCCCUGUGGAUUAGUCAUUGGGCUGCUAACCACAAUAUCGGUAGCUCAAACCCAU